AUGACUUCUUGCUACCGGGUGGAAGCUGAACGGAGGCUGAAGCUCGGAUUGAAGUCGUACGGAAGAUCAAAGAGGAACGGCGGCAACAGAGACGUGAGAUGUGAGAGAGACGCGAGACGCUUCACUGGUUCAGAGUCCAGACGCAACAUACCCAUGGAAAGUAAAGGAAAGUACAAGCUAAUACAAAUUGAAGAUGAUAAUUCGAUAAUUGAUGAAGGAGAUCCUUCAAGUUCAAACAACUCAAUACAGACUGAAGAUGAUAAUUUGAUAAUUGAUGAAGAAAACUCUUCAAGUUCAGACAACACAGGGCCAGAGAUCAGGGAGGAUGAUUAUAAUUUUGGGCGGCCCUUAAUCGAGGCUGUGUGGAGGGGUGAUUGGAACGCUACAAGUGAUUUCCUUCAGCUCCACCCCCAUGCAUUGAUAGCAAGAAUGCCUAUAUUUCACGGUCAUGGGACGGUUCUUCACGCUGCAGUUGAUGCUGGAAAGGAACAUAUAGCCAUGGAGUUGGUCAAAAUAAUUUCGGAACAUGAUUUGGCAAUGCAAGAUUAUGACGGCUUUACAGCUCUACAUCGGACAACUAUUAUUGGGAAUCAGAAUAUUGCAGAGUGCUUGAUUGCAAAGAACAAUCGCUUGGUCAGCAUUGCAGAUGAUAAAUAUCAUGACCUUCCAGUUUCUCUGGCUAUGGCCUUGGGGCAAAAAGAAUUGGCUCGCUAUCUCUAUUCUCAAACUCCGUUAGAAGAUCUGAAGGCAGAAGAAGGCUGCCAUACCCAUGGUGCUUCACUUCUUAACUUUUGUAUUUAUCAGGGAGAUUUAGAUAUGGCUUUGGAUUUAAUGGAGCGUUAUCCUCUUUUGGCUUCUACCUCGGACAAUCGAUCAAAUACGUGCCCUUUGGAGGUAUUGGCUAAUAUUUCAACUGAAACAUUCGAGAUUGGAAAAGGGAUGGUGUUUUGGAAAAAAUGGAUCUACAAUCACUGUAUACACAUUUCAUCAUUAGAUUUAGAUCGUGCUGCCAACCAAUUCCGUUUGAACAUUCAAAAUCAUGGUCAAGAAAAUACAAUCGGAUCAGUGGGAGCUGAUCAUCUAUGGCGCCAACUAGUUUCAAGUCUCUCAAACCUCUUGGGAUUCAAGCGUUUAUAUGAAAUGAAGUUGGUACAAGCUCAAUUCCAACGACUUCUGACCCGUACUUGUCAAGCAAGCCAAAGAAAUCAAUAUGAUCUUGAUAUUAUUUUGCAAGCAGUGUACGGUGCUAUCAAGAGAGGGAACUUUGAAUUUGUUUAUCAUACAGUCAAAGCAAAUCCAUAUCUUUUCUGGACGUUUGAUACUGCUAAAAAAAGGACCAUAUUUCAUUGGGCCAUCCUGCAUCGUCAGCAUAGGAUCUUUAGCCUUCUAUACAACUUAAAAAUGAAGAAUUCAAUACUAAAUAUGGUAGAUAAGUCCGCAAAUACCAUAUUGCAUAUGGCAGGGAUGGUAAUAGAAAAUACUGCUAUCGAUUCCAUAAGAGGAGCAGCAUUGCAAAUGCAAAGAGAAGUUCAAUGGUUUAAGGAGGUGGAACGCAUUUGCCCUCUCACUCGUAAGGAUAUUUCAAACAAAGAUGGUUUGACUGCCAAACAAUUGUUUACGAAAGACCACAGAGAAAUGAGAAAAGAGGGAGAGAACUGGAUGAAGGGCACAUCAACUUCUUGUACUGUGGUCAGUGCUCUCAUCAUUACCAUUAUGUUUGCGGCAGCAUUUACCAUUCCUGGUGGUAACAAUCAAGAUACAGGCUUGCCAAUCCUCGUGCAUAACAAACUAUUUAAACUUUUUAUAGUAACUGAUUCUCUGUCGUUAUUUUCUUCAUCGACUUCAGUAUUGAUGUUUUUAGGAAUCCUCACAUCACGUUAUGCAGAAGAAGACUUUCUUAUAUCCUUACCCAGAAAGAUGAUUAUAGGCCUUUUCGCUCUCUUCUUCUCUAUUGCAACUAUGAUGAUAGCCUUUUCUACUGCUAUUUUACUUAUGUUAAGUGGAAAAUACUGGAUUGUCAUUCCUAUUAUUGGUUUGGCUGGUAUUCCCGUUAUCCUAUUUGUAUUGAUGCAAUUUCGCCUUCUUAUUGACAUGUUUAAUUCAACCUAUAGACCAGGCAUCUUUGAUAGAAAAAAGACACCUUCGAUAUAACUUUUUACCUUAUUUGUUGUAAUGUUGUAUUAAUAUUUGGCAGACUAAGCAGAAUAGAUGAUUAUUUUUCAUUGGAACAA